GAGCUACAGUGAGAGAGAGAGACGCAAACGGGUGGACGAGCUAGUAAAUCAUUGGUACAGUAAUUGUGAGAGAGCGAGAGAGACUUAGGCACCGAGCAAGCAAAGCAUACGAUCAGACAUCCCUCUGCUGGCGGCAAAAAAAGUUACAAGAGAGAGAGAGAGCGCGAGCGAGCGAGAGAGAGAGAGAAAGAAAGGGAGGAGGAAGAGGAAGAAGAAGGAAGAUGGGUCGGGGAAAGGUGGAGAUCAGGCGGAUCGAGAACAAGACAACCCGGCAGGUGACGUUCACCAAGCGCCGGAACGGGCUGCUCAAGAAGGCCUACGAGCUCUCGCUGCUCUGCGACGCCGAGGUCGCCCUCAUCAUCUUCUCCGGCGGCGGCCGCCUCUUCGAGUUCUCCAGCUCCUCAUGCAUGUACAAAAUACUUGAGAGAUACCGCACCUGCAACUACAACUCACCAGAAGCAACCCCUCCAGCAGAAAAUGAAAUAAAUUACCAAGAAUAUCUGAAGUUGAAGACCAGACUUGAAUAUCUUCAAAGUUCACAAAGAAAUAUUCUCGGUGAGGAUCUGGGCCCACUUACCAUGAGGGAGCUUGAGCAAAUUGAGAACCAAAUAGACAUAUCUCUCAAGCAUAUCAGGACAAGAAAGAAUAAAGUAUUACUUGAUGAGUUAUAUGACCUGAAAAGUAAGGAGCAAGAAUUGCUGGAUCAAAACAAAGACCUGAGGAAGAAGUUGCAUGACAUCAGCUGUGCCGAGAAUGCGCUCCAUAUGUCAUGGCAAGAUGGAGGGCACGGUAGCUCCAGUGGGCAUGCCAUCAAGACUACUUAUCCGGGACUGCUGCAACGCCCGGAACAUGAUUCCUCCAUGCAAAUUGGGUACCAUCAGCUGAACAACGAAGACAUGGCUCCACAGCGCCUUGAUGGACACCUUGGAUCGUUUGCAGGUUGGAUAUGAUUAAGUUCAGACGAUGAGACAGGCAUGAUUCAACACGUAUUGUACGCCCAAUCUGGAGUCCAGGAACUCUGGAUAUUAUUGUUGUAGUGCACACUGGUUUAUAUACUGAGACUGCCGCUCAUUGCACUUCCCUGAAGAAUAAAAACAGGCGAUUCAUUCGAGUCGAGUACGUAACUCUUGUAAUGGUCUAUUGAUCCACAGACAUGGGACGUCACCUGGUCUGGCGUUGCCUCCCGUGUAUGUAGCUAGUGUGCUUGGACUUGAGUGUCACUUGUUA